AUGGAUUCCGCUGAUCUAGCUACAAUCAUUAUCGAUCAUAACUGCUUGGAUUUGACCCAUGACCGUGUUUCAACCAGCAUUUGCGAUGGGCUCAUGAAAAUAAUUAUCGAUCGUCAAAAUCAUCGUCAUCGGUCUUCUGCGGUCCAUUGGAGUCAUCAGAUCGAACUGAACAAUAGGAGCUCUGCGAGCAUUCAGGAUGUAUAUGACCGAUUGGGCGAGAACACUGCCAAAUGUAGUACGGUCGCAGAAUUGCGUGACCAUUUAAGAACUUUGGCAAGUGUUCACAACAGCUUGUUAGGAGACCCAGCAGAAAAGAAUUUGCAAAAACCAUUGUGGGUCUACAAGCAGUCCAAACGAUACCGCAAGCGAAGACGACAGAGAGCCCGUCGCGGGCGGGAGAGGCCCCAAGAUGCGGCUGUAGUUGCAUUUAGCGAUGCCGAUUUGCAUUCAUUGAAAGGCGAUCCACCAGUUCCCGUUAAGUUCUCGCACAAAAAGCUCUUGUCACUCUGUGUAGAUGUGUAUAAGACGAGUAAAGUCUGUAGCAGUUGUGAUACCACGACGAUCGAAGUCCGAGACAACAAUCAAAUGCUUUGCAGACACAAAAAAAAGAUGAAACGAGUGCGAGAAAUUGACAAGACACUGCGACAGAGAUGCCUUGACGAAAACAACGACAUCAUUGGAUACAGCUCUGACUGUGGAGCGAGACGACCCCGAUCUGGAACAGGGACAUUAAUGCUGGGCGUAAACAUGAGACGAAGUCUACAGGCCUACAUAGAAUCAGGUCAUCGUCUCGAUUCCCGUCCGGCAGCUCUUCGACAGUCCCACGGCGCACAAUCUGCGCUCAGCGAGCAAAGUAUCGUCCGUUAG